GCUUUCCUGAGCAGAGGGAUUUUCAAAUUUUGUUGUGGGAAUGAUCUGCGUCUUCUCUAAAAGAACAAGCUCUCACUUUUAAAAUCUAUUUUAUAUUCGAUUUUUUUUCUUGGUGAGGUGAAAUUUAUUGAGUUUUAACUCUGUAGUCGCUCUCGCUGUUGAUGUUUAAUAAUUUGGAAAGCUCGCGGAGAUAAAACUGUCGAGUCGCCGGUGGUUUAAAAGCUGUUGGUGUGCUGUGAGCUCAGGGCUGAACCUUAACGCUAGUGUGUUAAGAAGAGAAAUGUAGCCAGACAUUGUUAUUUACUGUUCGUUAUAGAGAAACGCGGAGCUGGUGUAAAGUAACGUCGAGUGGAAUUACUCGAAGGCUCGGUAUUUGUUGUUGUAUUGUGAAGGCUGUUGUACAAACAAAGCUAUUAGCAACUCACGGUGAUAAACAGACAAUGAAGAGGAAGAACCCAGCUGCUGAACAAGAUGGCUCUGUCAAAGAAAUCUGUGAGCUUUGCAAGCGUUGUGAUGACUGCCCUGAUAAAUACGGAGAGAAGAUCACACUUGAGGACUCCAAACUCACUGCACACUAUUUUUGUUUGCUGAUGUCCAGCGGAAUAUUCCAGAGAGGUCAAGAACACGACGGCAUUCAUGGGUUUCUGGUGGACGACAUCAAAAAGGAGGUCCGCAGAUCUGCAAGGCUGCGGUGUAUGGUCUGUAAAAAGAAGGGUGCUUCAGUUGGAUGCGCCAUCAAAAGCUGCAGACAGAAGGUCCACCUGCCUUGUGGAAUAGAGCAGGAGUUUAUUUUCCAGUUCACCGACUUGUUUCCAUCUUUUUGUAGAAAGCACUGCCCCACUCAGACCUGCUCUUCCAGCCCCACUCUGCCUCUGUCCUGCUCCAUCUGCUUGGAGCCCAUCAAACCUGUCCUCUCCUACUCUGUGCUCAAGUGCCCUGCGUGUCAUGGAAGCUGGUUUCAUAGGGACUGUGUUCAGAAUCAGGCACACAGUGCUGCCCUGUAUUUCUUCAGAUGUACACUGUGCAGCAACUCGGAUCAGUUCCAGCAAGAAAUGCUCAGAAUGGGAAUACAUAUACCUGAAAGAGAUGCAUCGUGGGAGUUGGAGGAGAAUGCUUAUGGGGAGCUGUUACAGGUGUACCAGCACUGUGAUGCCAUUACAUGCUCCUGUGAAAGAGGUCGUAGUUACAGUGCAGAGUCAGGAGUUUUUGAGAUCGUUCGUUGCAAGUUUUGCGGCUCCAGUGGAACCCACCGAAAAUGUUCUUCCCUCAAGCUUUAUGACACCAACUGGAGUUGUGGUGAUUGCAAAGCUGCUGUUGAGGGAAAAGUGUCCACAUUGCCCAACCAUGUUAAAUCACCACUAGCAGAGAGGCAAGAGAAGAAAAGGCUGAUUAAAAGAUGUCUCUCCAGUAUUCACUCAUCAUUCAUCGCUAAAAGGUUCUGUAUGGACGCAAGCCCCACAGAGAUCUUGCAGGAUCUGGCCACGCAAAUAUCCAUGCAGCAGAUCACAGUAGUGCUGGUGAAAAACGAUGAGGUGGUUGAAGCUGCCCUUCAGGCUGUGCGGCAGAGCAACUUCAGUCCCUGUCACACACUGUCUGUGAGCUUCACCAGAGACAAACCGAGCCAAAGGGUAGGCUCACAGCGCCACUUCCUCAGACGACUCCUCCAGAAAUUACAGAACUCCAGUGUCUUUGAAGGACCUGACCAUGCUAAAAACCUGGCUCUCAGCUCGCAAGCUCUGAGAGAUGAUCUGUAUUUCGAGGUUGGCAGUCUACUGGCUCUCUCUCUGGUCCAUGGGGGUCCUCCUGUGGCCUUCUUCUCUCAUGCGCUCUACUACAGCCUAUUUCAUUACCCCACUGACUACAAGUUCACUGCUGAAGACCUGGGAGAUGUCACACUAACACACACAGUCAAAAACAUAGCGCAGUCAAGCUCUUUGAAGGAGCUGAAGAGAGUGGUCCAGUCCAUGAAGAACUAUUUGCAAGUAGCAGGCUGCUGGCGACACAUCACGCAACUGUCGGACAAAAACCUGCUGCUGGAGGACAUUCUAAACUUUUACUUCAUCGUAAGAAUGCAGUUGCCUCUUCAAAGAUUUUGUGAAGGCCUUAGAACAUUAGGUGUGUUUGAGCGAGUCCAGGCGUGUCCAGAGGCCUUCUGCCCAAUUUUUUGUGGCCCAGGAGAAAAGAUGACCGCCGACGCCAUGUUUUCACUUUUCACUGCUCGUUUUUCUGAGGAUGAAGAACAGAAAGCAAAAGAAAAUGUGACCUUGGGUUUCUGGAAGCAAUACAUGCAUGACUGUGAAGAUGGACAAUGUGCUGCAUCACUAGAGGAUAUUCUCAUAUUUGCCACUGGUAUCGAUGUGGUCCCCGCCAUGAGCUUUGACCCUCCUCCCUCAUUAUCGUUUUUUGUGCCACUGGACCCUUCCUUUGCCUUUCCUCAAAGUAAAGCUGAAAUAAACCACCUUGUUCUGCCUGUGCUCUCCUCUUAUGAGGUCUUCAAGAAGCACUUGGAAUAUGCUGUGUGUCAGGUCUCUGUGAUGCAAGGCAUGUGAACGAACUCUCCUCUCAACAUUUAUGGUUCGGAGUCUAAAUGUACAGCUUUCCGUAAACUUCUGUAAUGGUGCUUAAAGACUGAAAAUAUGUCAAAGUAAAUUGUCAGCCAGAAUGUCUCUUAUAUAGCUGAAGGUUUGUGGACACUUGAUCAGAACACUCAACAUCCCAUUCCACAUGUAGUCUCCCCUUUGCUUUUGUAAUAAGCUCCACCCCUCCAGAGAAGGCUAUCCUUUAGCUUUUGGAAUGUUCUGUGGAGAUUUGCUUGUUGAGACACUAGAGCAUUAGUGAUGUCGGGUGAGGAGGCCCUGGAGUUCUUCCACUCCAACUUUGGCAAAUCGUGUUUUCGUGUACCUCUCUUGCUGCACAGGGGCAUUGUCAUGCUGGAACAUGUUUGGACCCCUUAGUUCAGGUGAAGGGAAACUGAUUCAACAGCAUAAAGAUAUGCUAUACAAUUUUGUGCUUCCAGCUUUGUGGCAACAGUUUGGAGAAGGCUCACGUAUGGGUGUGAUGGGCAAGUGUCCAAAAACUUUGUGAAAUAGUGUUUUGUUUGUUAGUUUAUAAAUAGUACAGUUGCUCCUUCUGUAUAUACAUCCAGUUAGAAAGUGCUGGUGAUGUUUUAAUCUCCUACCCUUGUCAAAUAAUAUGCAUAUCCCAAGUGUUUACACAGACACUAUUGCAUAUUCAUUGCUGAUGAUUCGAGGUGAGCUUGUAAUUCCUGUAGGGGACCUAUGGUGAAUGUGUGCACUGAUCACUGAUGUAAACACCUGCAUGCCAACAUGCAUGAUCACAUUUCCAUAGUUGAAUUUGUGCUGUGAAUGAGUGAACAGUAGCAGGUAUGGGAUGGUGCACUCCUGCCUGGUGUGAAAAGUUUAAGCAUCAAGCUCUAAGAUGAGCUGUUACUUAGUUCUUUGUUUUCUAUAUAUAGGUGGUCAACUAUUUUACAAAUCAACUGCAAGUAGUCUCUGCUGUUAAGCUUCACUGUUUUUGAUUUGUGUGUUUUCCUUAAGAUUUUAACUCUUUACUCUUACAUACUAUAUGAUACAAUACUUGAGAGGUUCUUAGCUUAACUCUAUGUGGCCUAAGCCUAAUCAGCAUUAUAUUUCAUUUGUAGCAAACCAAGGUAAAUAAAAGACUCAGUUUCAGUAAUCGCUUUAUACUGUUCAAGGUUGUUGUGGAUUUGGGGCCUAUCCUGGGAACACUGGCUGUGAAGGGGAGAAUCCAUCCAUUAUCCAUAACCGCUUAUCUUGUGCAGGGUCACGGGUAAGCUGGAGCCUAUCCCAGCUGACUAUGAGCGAGAGGCGGGGUACACUCUGGACAAGUCGCCAGGUCAUCGCAGGGCUAACACAUAGCGACAAACAACCAUUCACACCUAAGGUUAAUUUAGAGCCACCAGUUAGCCUAACCUGCAUGUCUUUGGACUGUGGGGGAAACCGGAGCACCCGGAGGAAACCCACGCAGACACGGGGAGAACAUGCAAACUCCACACAGAAAGGUCCCCGUCGGCCACGGAGCCCGAACCCAGAACCUUCUUGCUGUGCGGCGACAGUGCUAACCACAACACCACCGUGCCGCCCAGGGCUAAUUCAAAUACUUUCAUUCAUUAAUUCACAUCUUCACAUUAUUACAAGGUAGGAGAAAAACUCAGAGCCUGGAGGAAACCCAUGCAGGCAAGGGAAUAGUAUGAAGAAAGACUUCAGUCACCCGAACACCAGGUCAGCCCAGGACCUUUGAGCUUCCACACACUGCAAAUUUUUAAAAAAAAAGUUGUUUAUACAUCAGUUUUAAGGGAUUCAACUGAUUUAUGGGUCGCAUAAAUAAAGCAUUCACAAAUGUACUGGAAAUCCUUGUUGAAGUGUAGUUUUGGAUGCUCAGGUGUAUGAUAUUUUCUGUUUUUCUUUAGUUUUUGGUAUCUUAAAUGAUUAACAUUUAUGGUAUUCUGGUUCUUCUGAUGUUUAAAGGUAUGUACUGAAAGUGGUAUACAUGCCAUUUAUUUAUUAAAAACAUUUCUUCUCUUC